AUGGCCGCCGGCCUGCUGAAGUCCGGCGAGGUCGCAGGUGGCGAGCGCGUCGGGGAGUUGUACCAAAAUAUAAAUCCCCGCGUCGUCGAUUUGGCGACCGGCGAAUACGUCGAUGGCGUGGACCCGGUCGCCUACGACCAGCGGCAGGCGGCCAAAGAUCCGGCGCAGAGCGCGGUGGUACCGACCGAUGUGGAUAUCGCCAACGUCAGGCGCCGCGCGCUUCAUGCCUCGGUGUACUUGGUCUCGCAGAAGGACAAGAUAAAAAGAGACGUCCUCUUCGGGCCGCUCUUUGAUUCCAAUCCCAUUGCCUUGCUGAGCCUCGGUAUAUGCUCGGCCUUGGCGGUGACGACCAAGUUGGAGACCACCGUCACCAUGUGCUUGGCGGUCAUUUUCGUGCUCUGCUGCUCCAACGUGGCCGUCAGCUUGAUUCGCAGCUUCAUCCCGGCCAACAUCCGCAUUAUUGUGGAGAUGACGAUCAUCGCCUCGCUGGUCAUUGUCGUCGAUCAGUUCCUGCGCGCCUAUGCUUUUGAGAUCAGCAAGCAGCUUUCGGUCUUCGUCGGGCUGAUCAUUACCAACUGCAUCAUCAUGGGGCGGGCCGAGGCUUUCGCCUUGCAGAACGGUCCUGGGCUGAGCUUUCUCGACGGCUUGGGCAAUGCCUUGGGCUACAGCGUCAUUCUGAUGGUCGUCGGCGUGUUGCGCGAGCUAUUCGGGUCGGGUUCGCUCUUUGGGGCGCAAAUGUUCGCAUUGGCUACCGAGGGGGGCUGGUACGCGCCCAACGGCCUGAUGCUCUUGCCGCCGAGCGCGUUUUUCAUCAUUGGCUUAUUUAUAUGGGCGCUCCGAAGCUGGAAGAGCGAGCAGGAGGUGCAGACGGCGUUCGGGCUUGGGAUCGCCGUAAUCGUGGUACAGACGGUUACCGUCCCAGCCAACAAUCUAAUCUACCAGUAUCUGCUCAAGGAAGACGCGCUGGCGUGGGCGGGCUUGAGUGGGGUAGAUCUGACCUUUGUCGGGCUGAUUAGCUACAUCGGCAUCAUCGCCGCCAUGGUGCAGAUCCUCGAGAUGUUUCUCGACAAGUUCGUGCCGUCCCUCUAUAAUGCCCUCGGCAUCUUCCUGCCCUUGAUUACCGUCAAUUGCGCGAUUCUGGGCGGUUCGCUGUUCAUGGUCGAGCGCGACUACAACUUAGGCGAGAGCGUGGUUUUUGGCUUUGGCUCCGGCUUUGGCUGGGCGCUGGCCAUCGUCGCGUUGGCGGGCAUCCGCGAGAAGAUGAAAUACAGCGACGUGCCCCCAGGGUUGCGCGGCCUCGGGAUCACCUUCAUUACAGUGGGGCUGAUGUCGUUGGCCUUUAUGUCCUUUUCCGGUAUUCAGCUCUAA